AUGACCAGGGCAGAGCUAAAUUGUAGUGCAUUGUCAUCAGUCCUCACCUGGGUGACAAUGGUCACUCUGGACAAAUUUGCUGUAGCUGCUGGCAGACAACUGCAACUAGACUGUCAAAAAAGAAAUUGUGGUGUAUUUGGUGUAUUUCAUAAAAUCAUGGAGGCUGUGCAGCGGAAUGUCUUAGACCACACAGUCAAUAUAUGCUCCAUGCUAAACAAUCUAGACGUCAAGCAGUUGGUCCGUGAAACCUUAAUGAAGGUGCCAUGUAAAAACAAGGUCAAGGACCUUGUCGACCAUACAUCUCCCUUGAAGUUCACCUUCAGAAAGGACAAAGAGACUGAGAAGGUCUGGCCGCUUGAGAACGAAGUUGUAUGGGAUAUAGUUAUCAGCGUCAUUUCUGAACUCAAGCUCCAACAACAUGUCAAAAACCUUGACAACCUUUUCUGCAUUGCUGCAGCUGCGGUUUACUGUGCUUCAUGUGAACUCCGGAACAGAAAAAUGGUCGACCUUGUGUUUUCAGCUUCCAACUAUAGACACACGUACAACCAAUUGAUGGACUACAUUAGCAAGCACAUCACCCCUAAUGCAGAAUUAGUGGAGCGAUGGAAAAAUUCCAAGGCUUGUACUACUACUUGA